AUCCACACAGGAGAGAAACCCUUUAGCUGUUCAGUCUGUAAGAAACAUUUUUCCCACAGUGGAAGUUUAAAGAAACACAUGAGAAUCCACACAGGAGAGAAACCAUACAGCUGCUCAGUCUGUAAGAAAGCUUUUUCACGGAGUGGAAGUUUAAAGGAACACAUGAGAGUCCACACAGGAGAGGAAAUAUACAGCUGCAAUGUUUGUGACAAAAGAUUUAAAUGGCUUAAUUGUUUAAAGAGACACAAGUGUGUUGGUCAUCAGUCCUCAAAGCUUAAUGAAAUUCAAACUGAGGAUAACAGAGAGGCAGAGCCUCCAAUCAGCAGUUCAGCUGAACACAUGGAGACAGAAGCUGAUGGAGAUGACUGUCGAGGACCAGAACCAGCCAGGAACUCAGAUCCAGAGAGCAGUUUACAACCAAAGACUGAGGACGACCCUGAAGACUCUUCUGAACCUGACACUGAAGACAGUGCUGAUUGGAAGGAGACCAGAGAACCUGCAUCAUGCUCAAACUCACUGAAAAAUAGACAUGAAUCCGUCAGUGAUCCACGAUGUAGUGCUGAAAAGAAACCAUUCUGCUGCUCAGUCUGUAAGAAAGCUUUUUCACAGAGUGGAAAUUUAAAGAGACACAUGAGAAUUCACACAGGAGAGAAACCACACAGCUGCUCAGUCUGUAAGAAAGCUUUUUCACGGAGUGGACAUUUAAAACAACACAUGAGAGUCCACACAGGAGAGAAACCCUUUAGCUGCUCAGUCUGUAAGAAAGUUUUUUCAGAGAGUAGAAGUUUAAAGAAACACAUGAGAGUCCACACAGGAGAGAAACCCUUUAGCUGCUCAGUCUGUAAGCAAGCUUUUUCAUGGAGUGGAAAUUUAAAGGAACACAUGAGAGUCCACACAGGAGAGGAAAUAUACAUGAGAAAAAUCUGCCUGACUGGAUCAACAUUAUUGCACAACAUUGACAUAAGACUUAAACUAACUCCAUCUUUAUUAACAUAAGUGGACAAUAUGUUUUUGUCAUACUGAUUUUCUGAUUUAUACGUUAACCACUGACUGUUGAUUAACCAUUUCAUUGUGGAUUGAGGGCUCCAAGUUUCCAUAUACAGAUAUAGGAUGAUUUGAUGUAUUGUUCUUUAUUUCUAAAUGUUUUUUAUCAUUGCUAUCCUGUUAACGACCCCUCUUUUACAUAAAUAUACCUGUUAUCUGAUUGUUUUUGGUUCUGUAAGGGAACACAUUUUCCUAUUUUGUAUCCUGAUGACCUAAUGCCGUUUCAUGUAAUACGUUAGAAUAGAAUAUCUUUAUUGUCAUCACACAUCAGUGUAACGAAAAUAAUUUGGCUUCUCUCACUGCAGUACAUAAAUAACAAUUAAUCAGGGUCAUCACUUAAAUGCACUUUACCAGAAUGUUAAAAUACAUUUUUAAAGUUUAUUUAAUAAAGAAAAGCUACAAUUUGAUAGUUAAUAAAUAUACAGAUAAAUAACAUGAUAUUUUUGGCUGCAGUCUUUGAUGGGAGGUAGUGUGUUUGUAUGUGUACAUGUUCAAAGUUAUAGUGAGUUUUGUGGUUGGACAGGGAUGGGAGUGAUGGAGGCCACAGCUCUGGGAAAGAAGCCGUUCUUCAGUCUGUUAGUGCGUGAUUUUAUUGACCCGAACGAUCUGCCGGAUGGCAACGGUUCGAACAGUGAGUGGCCGGGGUGUGUGAUGUCUCUGAUGAUACUGCUGGCUUUCUUCUGCAGUCAACUUUUGUAGGUCCUUCCACUCAGGGUGCUUUCAAUAGUCGACCGAUAGAAGUUUACCAGCAGUUUUUGUGGAAGCCUGGCCUGUCUCAGUUUCCUCAGGAAAAACAGUCUCUGCUGUGCCUUUUUCACCAGGUUUGAGGUCCAAGUUAAAUUAUUGGAGAUGUUGACUCCAAGGAACCGUAGGUCCUCCACGCUCUCCACUGCUUCUCUGUGGAGAUGGACUUCCUUUUUUGUCCUCCUGAAAUUAACAGUGAGCUCCUUAGUUUUGGUUUUAGUUACUCCCUAAGCCUGAUUUCACCAGCCUGCAACCGAUUCGCUAAUAAUCACAAAUGUUCAUUUCUUUGACCCCUUGACUCGACAACUUUCUUCUUUAAUAAUCGUUACAUCUCCUCAGGACCAAGUUCCUGUGUCCUGCCUUUCACCUGCUGAUCAUUUAAGGUAGACUGACCUUUACAAUGGACCAGCUAGUCUUAGUGUCUUAAUGCAAACGUUUUGUAAAGUGAUGCUAGACCAAAAACGUGCUGUUGUGUGCUCAAAGAUUGUUUAUGAAAUGAGAGUUUAACUCUGUUUUUGUUGUCCAAAUGACGCCAACAGAGCGAUACAUUUUCUUUCCAGCAGGUGGCAUACAUGUUGCAUCAUCCAGUUCAACUGUCAUCCACAUAUUAAUGAUUCAAAACAGCAAUGUGUAAGAUAUGGCUAGUAAUUGACUAUUUCAACAGAAUGUGAAGAGGUUACAGUCUUGAUGCCAUGUCCAAUAUGUUCAUGUUUUGUUUGAUUAAAUCUACUGAAAUGAGCAUUCA